AUGGACAACGACUUCAGUCAAGAGUCCGCUCCAGAUGAGCCAAGCAUUCAAGACUUAGAACACAGUGUCGAAGAUGUUUUAAGCAUCGGUCAGUUGGAUGAAGAAAUCGUGUCAGCAAUAGAAGAAUCCCUUCACGACGACUACGAAAAGUACAACUCGACGUCAGAAGACCUGGACACGUUCAUCGAGGAUGAGAUCCACGUCCCCGACUGCCGGGCGGGCUUCAUACAGUUCGAUCAAGAGGAAUGGAAAAUUUUCGAGCCCAAUGGAACUCUGCGUCUGCUUCUCUCCGGGCUGUACGUCGACGAAAAGCACUAUGUCAGAUUUGGCAACUUCGUCUUCGUCUGUAACGACUUUCUCCAGUUUUCUCCUAACUUCACCGUGUCGCUCUCGAGCGCACUGCCGCAAGGGUACACACCACAGGAGAUCCUGACCCUUGCUCUCAGCAGCCUGUCCGUUGUCAGUAUGCUCGUCUUCAUCGCCACCGCCGUUGUAAAGAAGAUGUACAAGAAGAUCCCGGAUAUCCUGAAGCUCAACCUGACCUGCUCCUUGUUGCUCGCGCAGACACUCUUCGUUUUCUCUGAUGAGAUCCCGCUGGGAGGAUUCUGCGUGUUUCUAGCCAUCCUGACGCACUACAUGUUCCUGGUGGCCUUCCUCACCAUGAACGUUCUUGCCUUCGACCUGUUUCGGACGCUGGGAGGCGUGUCUGUAUCCACUGGGUUCAGGAGUGUAAAGGCCUACAUGUGCUACAUCUGGUUGACCCCCUGUCUGAUCGUCACCAUCAGCAUCAUCCUAGAGUUCAGCCGGGAGUCCAAGUUCGUGGGUUACGGGACGGACAUCUGCUGGAUCAAGCACCCCUUGGCUUUAGUGGUCAGUAACAACGCGUUGAUAGGCCUGGUGCUAGCCAGUAACGUGUACUUCUUCAUACACACGGUCCUCAACAUCACGGUGUCGUCCAUCCGCACGGCUCGGGCCCGCCAUGGCGCCACCUACUCCCAGCUCCAGGCCUUCCUCAAGAUCUCCACCCUCAUGGGGCUGGGCUGGAUCAUCGGCUUCGUCGCCGCUGGAACUCAGCAGGACGCCCUGUGGUACAUUUUCAUCACCCUGAACUCAUCACAGGGUUUCCUCAUCAGUAUCUCCUUCAUGGCGACGCCCCAGGACAAGGCGAACGACAACAAACGUAAGGGACGCGCCAGCAUGGUGGGCGGUAAGAACCGGUCUCCCUUUCCCGGCGGAACCCAUCAGAACCGGCUCCAGGUGUGCCGAGCUAAUCACAGCAUCAGUACCGCUAGUAACGUCACAGAUGUGUCAUCAGCGAGCAUGAGCAUGAGCAUUGAGCGCAGAGACGACUCUAAAGACACGACUACUGUAACUGCAGAGGUGACAGCUGUGGAGCUCAAGGACUUGUCCUGUAGUGUGCCUAGUCAGGAUAAUAAUGUUCAUAUCCACAGUUCUAAACAAACCUUAUUACAUUAGAGUCCUCUUAGGCCCUGCCUUUUGUUGUAACCUUACCACACUGAGUUACAUGUAGUCCUUGUGCUA